GCAGCUGCCAGGCUGCGGGGCGCAGCGGAGCCCGACUCAGGCCAGCAUGCUCUAUACCCUGCUUCUCCUGCCAGGCCUCCUGGGGGCCAGCCUGGCCGGCCCCGUCCCAAGCCCCCGGGAAUGCGCGUGGGGCACGGCCGCGUGGUGCCGGGACCUGCGGUCGGCGGCUGCCUGCGGAGCUGUGGAGCACUGCCGCGGGGCUGUUUGGAGCCAGGCCCCCGCCAAGUCCCUGAGCUGCAUGCUCUGCCGGGACGUGGUGGCCGCCGCCAACAACGGGCUGAACCCCGACGCCACCCAGACCGACGUGCUGGCCCUGCUGGCGAAGAUCUGUGAGUGGCUGCCCAGCCCCGUGUCCGCGGCCGGGUGCCGGCGGAUGGUGGCCGCCCAGUCCUCGGCUGUCCUGGGCCUGCUGAGCGGCGGCCCGGGCAGCGCCCCAGCGCAGGCCUGCAUGGCCCUCACCCUCUGCCAGCCCCUGCAGCGGCGGCCGGCCAGCCUGGGGCCCGUGGACUGGGGGGAGCCCUCCGGGGAAGCGGCCCCCUCCGCGGGCAGCGAGGCUCUCCGAUUCCACCCGUCGCCUAGUGCCGAGGGCGCCGCGUGCCGGGCCUGCGUGGGGCUCAUGAGCCGACUCCAGGCUGCCGCGGGCUCACACCUGCUGGGCGUGGCAGAGGUCAGCGUGCAGGAGGAGUGCGUGGUGCUAGGGCCCGGCCUGGCCCCGCUCUGCGAGACCUACAUCCACCAGCUCUUGGCCCCAGCCCAGCCGGCCCUGGCCACCACCACACCGAGGCAGAUCUGCUUCCGAGGGGGCUUCUGUGAGCGGCCGGAGGGCACUGUCCGGCGGGCCCAGGCCCCGGCCGUCCCGUCCCUGGAGCUGGCGGCCCCCCGGCGGCGGGGCGAGGUGCAGAUGCAGGCGGGCCUGACGUGUGAGGUGUGCAUGCAGGUGGUACAGGAGCUGGACCAGUGGCUGGAGACCAACCGCACCGAGGCGCUCAUCAGCCACUCCCUGGAGCAGGUGUGCCGCUUCAUGCCCCCGACCAUCAUGCAGCAGUGCGUGACCCUGGUGGACUCCUACAGCCCCUCGCUGGUGCAGCUCAUCACCAGGGUCACCCCCGAGAAAGUGUGCACGGCUGUGCAUCUCUGCAGCAGCCGCAGGCGGGCCCGCUCGCUGCGAGAGGCCCGCGGGGCUCACAGCAGCCACGCCGCCACCACCACGCCGUCCUCCCUCCUGCACGACCUGGAGAACCAGGGCAGCUUCUGCGGUGCCUGCAAGAGGCUUCUGGGCGUGUCCACCCGCAACCUGGACAGCAAGAGCACCAAGCGCGACAUCCUGGCAGCCUUCAAGGGCGGCUGCAGCGUGCUGCCCCUCCCCUACACGGCGCAGUGCAGCCGCUUCGUCACCGACUACGAGCCGGUGCUCAUCGAGAGCCUCCGGGAGGUCAUGGACCCCGAGGCGCUGUGCCGGAAGAUGGGCGCCUGCCACCUGCCCCACACGACGCUGCUGGGCACUGAUCAGUGUGUGCUGGGCCCCAGCUUGUGGUGCCGAAGCCCCGAACUGGCUGAGAUGUGCGGUGCCACCGAGCACUGCCGGCGCCACAUGUGGAAGGACGCGGCCCCUGACGCGAGCGGCCAUGCGUGAAUGUGGUCGGGACCCGGGACAGCCCCCCAGCUCCCACGGGGACUCUACGAGGUGGGUGCUGUCCCCACCCCUCAACCCGGCAGAGGAGGCUGGGGCGGGCAGGCGGGAGGCGUCCCAAGCCCGUGCUCUCAGCACCCCCUGUUGCUGCCCGUGCCGGGCCUGAGGUGAGCCCCUGGCUGGUGAAGGGCCUGGUCUGCCAUGUCUGGGCCCUCUGGGUCUCGUCUGGGUUUGGGGACGGAUGCCCCAAGGAGUGUGUGAGCAGGGAGCAUCUGUGGGCCUCUGCCCCAUGCCCCUCCCUCCACACUGUCCGUGAUGUGUAAGGUGGGGGUGGGGGGCUCGGCUUCUCAUCUGUCCAACAGAGUGCUCAGGCCCCCAAGGCCAGCACAGCUCUGGGGACCGGGAGUCUGUCCACACGGGGCCCGAAUAAACUGCAAACAUCCUCCACACGGCUGCGACUCAUUCCCGGAGCCCGGCCAGAGCGUGGGGCUCUCUGCCCACCCAGAGGCCCCUGUCCCCCUCUGUCUCCCCAGGGCACCGGGCAGGGACGGGCAGAGCCUCUGGGACCCGA